AUGGAAAAAAGAGAGCAGGAGUUGUUGGAGCACAACGGAAAAUACAAUAACAACAAACUGGAACCUCAGUUUGAUAUUCACCAAGAGAGUGUCUUGGAAGAUGAAUAUGAUGGAGAGUUCUGGCUUAAAGUUGCUUCAAAACAGAGGAAUGGAUUGUCAUGGAGCAGAGCCAUGGAUGUAGUUACUGUCGAAACAAUGAUCCAGAAUUUCAAGGAAAGUGGGGAACUGGAGGAUAAAGAUCCUGUACUUUUGAUGUUUAAACAAUGGCCACAGUCUAAAAAAUACCAAGAUAACUUUGGUAAACUUCCAGGCCUUGAACAAAAGACAAAUCGACUCUUGGAGAUUAUGUUAGAGAGUGAGCUGAACUCCAGCAAUGAAUACCAGACAUUCAGAGAUGAAGAAGACAACACCAGGAGAACAUUGCUCCACUACGCUGCAGAACUGGGGUACUUAUAUGUCACCAAAACUCUUGCAAAGAAAUGUCCAGGGCUUUUAAUUUUAAAGACAGAACAAACUAAGGAAAAAAGAUCCAUGCUACCAGUUGAGUUGGCUUUAGAAGCAGAAAAUGAUGAAGUGGCUGCAUACUUGGUUAGGGUUAUGUGGCAUGAAAGAGUCCAGGGAUUAUUUUAUUGGAGACCUGAAGUUAAUGUAAGAAAUCCUCAGCCAUCUUUCUUCAGUUUCAAAUCCAUUAUUGAGAAUCCUAAAAUGAAGGAGACAGUAGUAGCUGUACUAGACCAGAUGAUGAAUCCCCACUGGCCACACCUUCCAAAACGCAAGGAUAGCUAUGAAAAUGAAAAAGAGAAGGAGGUAAUUGAGGGUGCUUGGCGUACAAUCACAGAUGAUCCUUUGGACUAUCAUUUUUAUUAUCAUAUUUUGGAUGCUGAUGAAGGAGGACGGCCCCCAAAAAUCAUGAUGCCAGGAGGAUAUGAACAGACAGAAAACAAAUAUUUCAAAUGGAGGGACAAUUCUUGUUUACAUGUCAUUGCAAAAAGCAGAAAUAUGGAGGCCCUCCAACAUCCUGUGGUCAGAAUGCUGGUGAGAACAAAAUGGAAAAUUUAUGGGAACUUCUUUCUCAGGUGCAUGUAA